CCCCCUCCUCCCCGCGGCUUGGCGGAGCUGGCGGCGCAUGCGCGCGGUGCCGUGACUGGACGGAGAGGCGGUGGCUCGACAUGGCUGAGGUGGAAGAAACACUGAAGCGAAUUCAGAGCCAAAAGGGAGUGCAGGGAAUCAUUGUUGUUAAUUCUGAAGGUAUUCCUAUCAAAAGUACUAUGGACAACUCCACAACGAUUCAGUACGCGGGCCUCAUGCACAGCUUCAUCAUGAAGGCAAGGAGCACCGUGCGAGACAUUGAUCCCCAGAACGACCUCACGUUCCUGCGGAUCCGCUCCAAGAAAAAUGAAAUCAUGGUCGCACCAGAUAAAGACUACUUCCUGAUUGUCAUCCAGAAUCCAACUGAAUGAUUACAAUGACUUGGUCUGGUUUUUUUUUUUUUCCUUUGCCCAAUUGUUUUUUUUAAUUUAAUGGUAAAGAAUAGAGCAUUAGUGUUAACUCUGCUGUGCCACUUCAAUACUGUCUGGAAAAACAACAGCAGGUGGUUUUGUUGUUUACAUACAGAAAAAGUGGCUUUUUUUUUGUAUCACAAGUCGUUUUGAGGAGGAGUUGGUGAAUUAGAAUCAGGCAGUAAAAAAUACAAUAGAUUCUUUUAAUAGUUAAGAAGAUAAUAUAAUAAAAUUCUAUUAAUGUCCUAAAAAAGAUUAUUCUUUGUAUGUUUCCAUGCUUCUGUCACUACUAUUUGAGAUGUGCUUUUACACUAUUACUUUUGAAUGACUGUAAAUAUGAAACUUGCCUAUCCUCUAGUUCUGUCUUAUUUUGUUGGUUUUACAAGUUACUUUGAAAAAGUCUGGCCAUAUCAAAUUAAACAGUGUCAUCAGUGA